GCUGCAUGCCUAGCGCCUGAUGGCAUUCAGCUAUAGAAGUUUAAUAGCAGUGAGUGAGUAUGCCAAGCUUCAAGAUUAUCCUCUUGCUGGUCCUGGCUUCAUGGUCACUGCUAGCAAAUCAACUGGAUGCUGUGAAUGGAAGUUCAGCAUUUCUGGCAAACAGUACUGAUGAAGGAGAUGUAGUACUGACAGUUUGCCUAGGAGAGAUAGUCUCUCUAACUUGUACUCAUGACGAUAUUGCUGGUGAAGUAACUCGAUGGACGACUAGAGGAACUGUUUCUUGCAGUGUUAUAGUGAGCCACGUUGGAAAUUCAGGCUCUGAACAACCUUGUGGUCAAACUCCAUUCACCAUCAUCAUGAUCAGUGACGAUACUGGCCCUGUGGUGAGUUCCACCAUUCGGACAGCUGCCACUGAAGCAUUGGACGGUACUGUAAUUGAGUGCUUUGCGGGUAGUCUAUCAUCGUCUCCACGAAUUGGCAACACCACAGUUAAUGUGAUAGAUCUAAAUGUGUCUUUCGUGACUGACUGGAUGGCUAAUUUAAGAUCCAACAGUUUGUGUCCUGUUCUGGAGUGGGACCCUCUGGAUGCACCUUACCAGAGAUGUAUCACUGGCUACACUAUCAACCUGAAUGGAACAGUGUACAAUACCACAAACACAUCUCUAUCAUUAGCUGGAGAGAGCCUCUCUUACUGUGAGACUCAAGCAGUGACUGUGACACCACUCACACUGAAUGUACCCUUAUCUCCAGACACCUCAAAUAUCACUGUGAUCAAUCCAGGUAUGUGUGUACUGUGA